GGCGGCGUGGACCGAAAAUCUCGUUCCAGUGUGAGAUUUUCUGUUUUUCAGUUGGAAAUCGCUAUUUAUGUGUUGAGGUGGUGCUUACCUUAUUCCCAUGAGUGAGUCUGAGAAAGCCUUGCUGGCCCGUGUGAAGGCACUGGAGGAGGAAGUGGUGCGACUACGGGCCCAGCUGGGGGAUAAAAGUAGUGGACUGCAGGGUGAUAAGGAAAGGAUAGCAGUGCCAAAGGCUCAGGAAAACGGAGGAAGUGGAAAGAAAGAAAAGCGGGCCUUUGAUUUCUCUUUGCACCCUCGGAGACAUGUGGCACUGCGUCUGGCAUACCUGGGCUGGCAGUACCAGGGCUUUGCCGUGCAGGAGAACACGGAUAACACAGUGGAGGCACGACUGUUCGAGGCUCUCCUAAAAACAAAGCUGAUCCAAGACAGACAGAGCUCCAAUUACCACCGGUGUGGCCGCACAGAUAAAGGAGUUAGCGCCUUCUCUCAGGUAAUAUCAAUUGACCUGCGCUCCUCUCAGUUCAGUGGUUUGGGUGUGACUGUUCCAGACGGUGUUGAGCCCAAAGCUGGCACUGCUCAAGCUGAGUUGCCUUACAUGAAGAUGCUAAACAGGGUCCUUCCUUCAGACAUCGUGGCGCUCAGCUGGGCACCAGUGCCUGAAGGAUUCAGUGCACGCUUUGACUGCCAGUCCCGUACUUACCGGUACUACUUUCCUCGGGGAGAACUGGACGUGGAGCUCAUGGCUGAAGCAGCCAAACGGUAUGAAGGCACGCAUGACUUCAGGAACCUUUGUAAGAUGGACGUUGGUAACGGAGUGCUGCAGUUCCAGAGGACCAUCCUGUCGGCCAGCGUUCAGACAGCUGAACCCAAUCACCCUUCACCUACUGACCCCCAGUGCCUCUACAUGUUUCAGGUCAAAGGUCUUGCCUUCCUGUACCACCAGGUUCGCUGUAUGAUGGCUGUGCUUCUCCUGAUUAGUCAGAAGCUAGAAGCACCAGAAAUCAUCAAUCAGUUAUUGGAUGUAGAGAACAACCCCAGAAAGCCUCAGUACAGUAUGGCGGUGGAUUACCCACUCGUGUUGUACGAGUGUAAUUUUGAAGGUGUAAUUUGGGUUAGUGAACCUGAGGAGGAGAGCCAUGCACUCAGUUCUCUACUGCAACACUGGACUCAGACUGCAGUAAAAGCCCAGGUGCUGCACGGCAUGAUUCAGGGCCUGCACACUCCUGCUACAGAUAACCCUCUCUUUACACAGUGCUACCUCAUGGAAGGUUCUAAGCAACGGAACUAUCGCCCCCUGCUGGAACGCCCACGCUGCGAGAGUCUGGAAUCAAGAAUACAGCACUUUGUUAAAAGAGGACGACUAGAACGAGAGGAAGGAGAAAAUGGUGAGGAAGGCACCACCGUCUUCAAGGGCAAAAGAUCAAAACACUCGCAUCAAGUGAACUCCUUAAAUUCCAACCAAGGGAAAGAUGACGUUUCAAGCCACAAGGAGGUUCCUUCAGAACCCAUGUCAUAAAAUUUGAGCAUAUUUUGGGGCACUGUUUAUAAAAAGCAUAUCAUCUUGUUAUUACUGGAUGGGCCAACACAGGACAUGUUUUGAGGUCCCUUCAUCAGCUGGAUGCACAACACUGAUAUAUGGACAGAAAUAUUGAUUACGUACAUAUAGAAGAUUUGCAAAUUUUUUUGUGGGGCUGUUUUUUUUAUCUGCUUGAUUAUCACAAAUGGUGAGCAAUUAAGAAUCUGAACUUAUUAAGCAUUAUUUUAGUUUUGUUGGUUUUAUAUUAAACAUUGUAAUUAGUUCAUUUUUUGGCUGUUUACAGUCAGAUUAAAAAG